UGCAGGAGCCGAGGGAGCGCGGCGAGAGGGGAAUGGCCUCGUCUGCAGGACAUCCUGGAACGCAUAUAGUGGGCCCGGCUGUGCCAGGGAAGUGAAACUGGCCGUGUUUGCCUUGUUCUCCGCUGCCCAGUUGGGUGCGAGACUAGGUUUUAUCUGCCCGAGUGUGAACAUUUGCGGAGGUCUUGGUCGUGCAUCUCAGCCCUGUGAGCUCGCUCUGGCUGGCGGGUUUGGGAGCUCGCCGGUGUCAGUGGUGCUUGCAGUGUCUUGGAAGUGAGCGGGACACUUGCUUCCACACUUUACCCCCUGUCUGUUCCCUUUCUUCUGCCUUAGGUGGCUUUGCAUCCUGUUUCUGGUGCUGCUUGGCACAGGGUUUGCAAAGAUGCGUAACCCAUAGUGGAGAAUGCCUUCCCUUUCCAAGGUGCCUGAGAUUACUUCUGUAAUAGUGGAGCCUUGCUUAAUACAGAGCCCUUCAUUCUUUCUUCUUCACUAAAAGGCAAAGGAGACUCUUGAUCUUGAGUGCAGACAUCUUUGGGGAAGAAAGGCAGCAGCUCGGUUUUGUGUAGCCCCACAUCAGCAACAGGCACAAAGUGCUUGUCUGUAUUUGACACUUCUCCCAGCUUACAGCCUUAAAUGUCUUUAAAUACUUUUCUCCUUGGAACUGUUAUAAAAACACAAUGUGUAUCAUCUAAAUUGUUCCCAGAUAGAUGUCCUUUUAAUGCUUCCGCAAAAUAAUUUUAAGAAAAUUUUAUUUACUUUGCAGCUUUGUUGGUCACACAGUUCAUAUGUCUUGUUUUAUACAGAGGCUCUGUUAUUCCUUGGAGAUAAAUAGUGGCUGAGGAUAAGAUAAUGGAGGGAUUUUGGUGCUUGAUUACUGAAUGAGCAUUGGAAAUGUGGACUUCCGACUGUAGCUUCCAAAAUUUCUGUCUGCUGGAUCCUUUCUCUUAGUAUCAUGGUGUCCAGAAGCUUUCUUUGAGCUUCAUCAUGCACAUCUCAGGCUGUGGCAUUUCCCUUCUCCUUUGUGGGGACUAUUUUUUUCAUCUCAUCCCAUUUCGUGUAGUUCAUUGUGGGACUUCCCUUUACAGAACCUCUCCUCCUUGUUGUCAGCUGCUUGUUGUGUGCAGGUGGAAAUGGAGAGUAGCCCUGGAGCAGCCUGGUCACUUAAUGGUGCUAUGAAAACCAUGGAGAAAGGUGGACAAGAGUUUGACAGACUCAAGCAGUGCUGGGGGAAGUCCCAGCCAAAGGAUUGCUUUUCCUCUCGGUUCACAGACCAGUCCAGAAGCAGGAUGAGAAGAAGAAGAGACUCUGAAAACACACAAGUUGCAGCUUCUGGCUCUCUCAUGAAGGGAUAGUCAAAGCUGCUUUGUGACUGCCUGUGUGGGUCAGACUUCAGCUGGGGUCUCUGGGUGCAGCAGGACAGAGCUGCUUCAUUCUCUGCGCCUGAUGUGUUCCUGCAGUAGUAGCUGUGGCACAAAGACAGGUGUGUAAAACUACUGCACUGCUCCUUCUUGCUAGGGUAACCCUGUGCUUGGAAGUUUUUCUCUGGUGCACUGGAAAGUUUCUUGUCUUGCCUUUGUGAUGCCUGAGCAGCACAGUGGGAAUACUGCAGGGGAAACAGCUGUGCUUAGCAGUGACUUCUGACCUUUCAGAUACACUCAAUCAUCACACUGAAACAAUGAGCCACUGCUGUUUUAUACUGAAUUUUGCCUUUUAUGCACCUGCCAGAGGUAUUCCCAAGCACUAUACAAAUCAUGUUAAUUUAUAUCUGCAACAGCUGGACUCACACAUGUCAAAGGAAUACAAACUGCCUUUGAAGAAACCAGGAUUCAAGCAAUUUUCAAGGAAUGGGAAGAUGGUAAUGGCAGUUUCCUCAUUGCUGCAGGGUAGAGGUACUCUGUGGAGUGACUGGGAAAUAGAUUUCUUGAGUAUUGCUUUUCACUGCAGUGAUUUUAGCUCAGAUUUGGGUAGUGUAUAAGUAAGGCUUAGAGGGCUUUUCAUUCUAUGCUUUUUAUGCCUUUUUGUGUCAGUCUGUUUGUUUUCUCUGGAUCAUCUGCUGCCACUGGUAAUAAGUAAUUUUAUAUUAAACUCUUCUUGAAUUGAUACAGAUUUUGACUUUAUGAGUCCCGCUUGUGUUCUAGAGCUGGUUAUAAAUGAGGAGAAGAGGGGAAAGACAGAAAUAGCCUUGAAUAUGACCAAGAACUUCAUUGGUCAGGGAAGAGGUUGCAACUUUUUCCAUAUUUGUUCCUAGUUCUUCAGAUCUUAACUAUAUCUUCGUGCUCAGAACCAAGUCCUGAAAAAAGGAGUUGUAGAUGAGCAAGCAAACUCUGCCUCACUGAAGGAACAGCUGAAGAUGAAGGAUCAAUCACUGAGGAAACUGCAACAAGAAAUGGACAGCUUGACCUUUCGAAAUCAGCAACUUGCCAAGCGGGUGGAACUACUUCAAGAUGAACUUGCAUUAAGUGAAGCUCGGGGCAAAAAGAGCAAAAAAAGUGUAGAAUCCUCAUCUCAGCUGAGUCAAGAACAGAAGAGUGUCUUCAGUGAAGAUCUUCAGAAGAAAAUAGAAGAAAAUGAACGACUGCAUAUACUUUUCUUUGAAGCAGAUGAGCAGCACAAACGUUUAGAAGCAGAGCUGAGGAGCAGACUGGAGGUUUUGGAAGUGGAUGCUGCCCAGCACCAAGCGGUGGUGGACAGCUUAACGAAGAAAUACACAGAAACCAUAGAAAAGCUGCAGAAUGAUAAAGCCAAAUUAGAAAUCAAGUCUCAGACACUAGAAAGAGAAGCUAAGGACUGUAGGCUUCGAACUGAAGAAUGCCAGCAGCAGCUAAAGAAUCUUCAAGCAGCUUUGGGCAGUAGACUGGAAGAAUCUCUAUGCAUAAUUAAUGAAAAAGUACCUUUUAAUGACACAAGGUCUACUCGAUACAAUGCUCUGAAUGUACCAUUGCACAACAGAAGGCAUCAGCUGAAGCUGCGAGACCUUGCUGGCCAGGCCAUGGCUUUUGUCCAAGAACUUGUAACAGCUCUCCUGAACUUCCACACAUACACUGAACAGAAGGUACAGAUCUUCCCCAUUGAUUCUGCAACAGACACAAUAUCACCCUUAAAUCAGAAGUUCUCACAGUAUCUCCAUGAAAACGCUUCCUAUGUUCGCCCUCUGGAGGAAGGAAUGCUGCACUUGUUUGAGAGCAUCACGGAGGAUACUGUGACAGUCCUGGAAACAACUGUGAAAUUGAAGGGCUUCUCAGAACAUUUAGCUUCCUACUUAGGCUUUUUAAGAAAGAUACUUCCUUACCAGUUAAAAAGUUUGGAAGAAGAGUGUGAGUCUUCUCUUUGCACAGCUGCUUUAAGAGCUAGAAAUAUGGAGCUGCACAGAGACAUGAAAAGGUUGACUGCAGUCUUUGAGAAGCUACACACGUAUGUCAGUCUUCUGGCCUUACCAAGUACAAGACCAGAAGGACUCCUUAGGACAAAUUACAACUUUGUGUUUACAAACAUUGCUGCAAGUCUUCAUGGACUCCAUGACAUUUUAAAAGAUAUUUCCAAGCACUAUAGUCAGAAAGCUGCUUUAGAACAGGAAGUUCCAACUGCCACACAGAAACUCAUAACUACAAAUGACUGUAUUUUGUCCUCUGUUGCUGCUUUAACUAAUGGAGCAGGCAAGAUGGCCUCGUUUUUCAGCAACAACUUGGAUCACUUCACCAGCUCGCUGAGCUAUGGCCCUAAGGGAGGAGCAGAGUUCAUCAGCCCUCUCUCAGCUGAGUGCAUGCUGCAGUACAAGAAGAAGGCAGCUGCUUACAUCAAGUCCUUGAAGAAGCCUUGUGCAGAUUCAGUGCCUUAUGAAGAGGCUUUAGCCAAUCGCAGAGUUCUCCUGAGUUCUACAGAAAGCAGGGAAGGUCUUGCACAACAGGUCCAGCAGAGUUUGGAGAAAAUUGCAAAACUUGAACAAGAAAAAGAACACUGGAUGUUGGAGGCCCAGCUAGCUAAAAUAAAGCUGGAGAAAGAAAACCAAAAACUGAAGAACUCUCAUAGUGGACAUUUAACUGAAACUAUCCAGGAGCAUUCAGUGUUGCCAAAUAAAGCAGAACAAAAGAAGGAAACCACAGAAAAGAGUCUGAGGGAACCUAUUAAGAGCACUAGUCUGAUUGGAAUGUUGACUGUAACUACUGAUAAUGAAGAGGCUCCAGAUGCUGAGUCUCGUGAAGACCUGAUAAAAACUCACUACAUGGCCAGGAUAGCAGAGCUGACCUCUCACCUGCAGCUUGCUGACAGCAAAUCAGUGCACUUCCAUGCUGAGUGUCGAGCACUUGCCAAAAGACUUUCUCUGGCAGAGAAGUCCAAGGAAUCACUCACGGAAGAGUUGAAGCUCUCGAGUCAAAACAUCACCAGAUUACAGGAUGAAUUGAUGACGACAAAGAGGAGCUACGAGGACCAGUUAAGCAUGAUGAGUGACCAUCUGUGCAGUAUGAAUGAAACCUUGACUAAGCAAAGGGAAGAGAUUGAUACACUAAAGAUGACCAGUAAGGGAAAUUCUAAAAAGAAUAAAAAUCGAUAGUUUACAGCUGAGUCUUUGGAAGCUGCUGCUGCUGCACAGGAUGCAGACAGUGACCAUUCAUUAUACAGUUCCUGUUUGUUCCAGGAAGCAGAGGCUGGUGUUGGGUCUAGUAAAAACUGAAUUGGUGCUGUAAAUGGCUUUAAAAUAUUUAGAAUUUGUAACAGAUAAAACAGAACUUAAUGUUGGCUCUAAACCAGGAAAUACACAUUCUGUGGAUAAUUUAUAUAGUAAUUACCUUCAGUUUUUACUGUGCACUUUUUAAAACGAGGUUUUGAUUUCAUGUAACAACUUCAGAUUUUGUAUAUUUUCAAAUAUGUUUCUGCAUUAACAAAUUUGGAUCGGUGCAGUAGGUGUUUAUUUUUGAGUUCUGCAUUUAAUGGUCAGCCCAUGUACAUUCCAUUACUUGUUAAUAGCAGUCUAAAAAUGAGUUUGGAGACUUUCUUUGGCCAUGCAAGCUGUGCACUUACUGUAAGUGUAUUAGUCCUGUUCUCAGCCCUCUAGAAUUAAUUGGAAUUGUGGCUUGAAAUAAUUUUUACAAAUUCACCAAGUAAAUGGGAUCGUUGUUAGACUGCAACAGUGGAAACCUUUCCUGCUUGUAUUUGGCACUUUGGAUUUUGAGGUAAAGAGCACAAAUAGCUGAAUUGGGCUACUUCAAUGAAAUUGCUUUAAGCCAUUUCUAUAACAUUUUGUUUACACAUGUGUGUAUGUAUAUAUAUAUAUAUAUAUAUAUUGGUUGAAAUAGCUGUUUAAGGCUAGAGGAAACUGUGCUUGUCAUUUGCCCCAAAAGAGUGAAACAAUGUGAGUAGAAUAGAUCAGCUUACAGUGCUCUCUUACAGUAAAGAAGAAUAUGAAAUAUGUAGAAGAUUUAAACACUGAAUUUGCAAAAGGUCUUCAUGGAAUUAAGUUGUGAUGGAUUCACUGUGGGCAUGCACAUGGCAUUUCCUGUGUUCUGAAGUUUGUGAACUUUAGGCCUCUUCUAAGAUUUUUUUUUUGAAAUGUUUUUUUCAAGUGAAGUUUAAUAUCACGAGUUUUCAUGGCAUUGAUUUGUUGGGGGGUGAGGUUUAUUGGUUUUGAGUUGGGUUUGGUUUUUGUUUGGUUGAUUUUUUUUUUUUUUUUUUUUUUUUGUUUUGGUUUUGUUUUGUUUUUUUUAAUCAGAUGCUGUGCUGCUUCACACUUUCCACACCAAUCUUCCAUUCCAUAAUUUCCAUUAUGACACUUACUUGUCCCACAGGGGUUUACUCUGAUAUCAGAUGUGUUGAAAUGUAUUAUCAAUAUGUAAUAAUAAAAUCAACCACAUGAAGCCA